AUCUAAAUUUUAUUUUAAAGUUCAGAUAAAUACCUUACUUGUUAUAUUAUCGUAAAAUAAAACUAUUAUAUCUAUCUACGAAAUUUAUACACAACACUAGAUCGUUUUUAUUCGAUGGAAAAAAAAUUGACAGCGUCAAGAGAAAAACGAAAACCUCACUAUUUCUAUUUUUUGCCCGAGAUAUCGAAUGGAUAAAUCAGUAAUUAAAAUUUAAUUACUCAAAUUCUGUUCAAUUUGUUAGCACGAACAUAUUAUCAUUCUGGAUUCCCAAAAGAGGACUUAUUUAGACAUCUACAAGAUGGAUUUGGCGGAAACGAUGAAGAGUGUGUUGGCUAAGAGUACGGGGACAUCAAGUGGUGCAGCGAGUACGUCAAGCUCGGCGACCCCGCACGGAGCCGAGGGCUAUGUCACCGAGAAACUGUACAUGCUUCUGCAGCUGUAUCUACAAAACAAAGGCUGGAGCCCCAGCAUAGAACUCUUACAGUGUUUCAGUGAUCUCAAGGAAUCAUCUAUGCUUCCCAGUGCUGCUUAUUUACAAAUGAUGGCCUCAAGGGUUGGUUUAGACACACAAGGCAGACUGAUUCUUCGUGAGAAUGGCAAGAUAAUUUUACCAUAUGAACAUUUUGCUAAUGCUGUGAUGUUGAAACACAUGAAUGGACCACAUGGAUUACAUCUGGGCUUGGAGGCUACUGUUAGAGCAGUUGUAGAAUCUUACACAAUAGGCCGGGAGCAGUUUGGAAUGGAAAAGGAGUUCAUAAUUGAAGUAGUACAGAAUUGUCCCAACCCUGCUUGCCGGUACUAUAAGAAUCAGUUGGAGAUGACACAGAAGUCAAUACAACAGCAUCUGUCACAACAGCCUACAUACAUACCAGAUGCGGGUGCUUCAAAUCUCCCAGACAGUCAGGCAGUCGAGCGUCUAUUACGCAGCACUGCUCUAGCACAAGACUAUCAGCUUCCUCUUGCACCACAUCUAGCUGCUCUCAGUAGUUUAACAGGCGAGAAGUCCGACCGUCGCAACCAGGACAAAUUGACACAACAUCAACAGAUGUUACUCCAGCACCAAAACCGAUCACUUGGGCACCAGUCUUCUAUAGACAAGUACAGUCAUUCCCAGCAACGCUCGUCGGGAACUUCGCAGGCCAGUCUUGAUACGAAGUCCAAGCAUCACUAUUCUGAUGAACACAAACUGACCGAUUUUCUGAGGGCAAACUUGGAGAGCCUGGAGUCCCUGUCGGGCGGGUCGGGGUCGGGCGCGCACAGCGAGCGCGGCGGCGGCGCGGGCGGCCAGGAGCGCGUGGUGCGCGCCUUCGCGGAGCUGGCGCGCAACCUGCAGCGCAUGCGGCCCUGCGUGCGCCCCGCCAUGUGCAAGCCCUACGGCAAGCAGAGCGAGCAGCUGCAGAAAAUUCUGUUGGACACAAUCCAGUUGGUUCAGUCGCUCCGCAGUUAUUUGCCGCCGCCGCAUAUUCAGGUCACCUCAUGGAAGAAUGAUGAUAAGCUUCGUUCAAACAACAUGGAAGAGCUGGAGAGCCGUAAGAUAGUGAGCGGCAACUAGCCCCCGGACGCGCACGCCGCCGACGGCUGAGCGCCGCGGUGACGUCACACGCUAGCAGCGGACACGGUUUGACGGUACCUUCGGCGGGCCCGACACGCGUAGAACCUUUACCUUGUAGUAAACAUUAUAACAAUUAACACGAAGUAGAAUAAAUGUAACCUGAAAAAUGUUGUGUUACCACAAAAUGAACGAAAUGAAUUAAUUACCUUUCAUUUGUGGCAACACUGUAAUAGACAAAACUUUUAAAAUUCGUCAUUUAGUCCAAACAUAACAUACAUAUUUGUGUACAGGAAUUUUAAUUCAAUCAGUAGCGCAUUUUAAAUCAAUGUAUUAAUGAAUCUUUUAUUACUCGGUAUUUAUAAUAUAAUAUGUUGUACAGCCUUAUUAAUCAAUGUUAUACAGCAUUAGUUCUCAGCUCACGUGCUAGUUUCAUAUUUAAUCAAGAUCUGCAUAUUUUAUUCGUAAAAGUAUUUACUCGAACUUUUCAUUAUAAUGUUAGUCGAUAAGAUUGAGAUAGUUUUACCGAUUAUUUAUUUUUUUAU